CUAUGCUACUAGUCUAUAGGCUACAUGUGUGGGAAGCAUCCCACACGCAUGAUACACUCGAUUUUUUUAGUUGCACGAAGAUCGCUUCUUAUGAUACCGUUAUACAAUCUGACUUCCGGAUUGUUGCUAGUGAUGAACAAAUCGUCCCGUAUUCCUGCACACAAAUGAGUAUUUUCAUUGAUUCCUUUUUUCGGGGGAAAGGCGAGCACUACACGAGCUCUGGAUUGAAUCGCUAACAGUUACAAUUCUGCGCACAACUGUUGGGCAUCACGCUUUUUAAAUGAAACUUGUAAGAUUUAUGAACAAUCGUGCACCAUCUAAUAAGAGAUACCAGCCAACCGAAUAUGAACAUGCUGCUAACUGUGCCACACAUGCGCUCUGGAUUAUUCCCAGCUUUGUGGGCGGAGUCUUGUUGUACUUCCUGUCUGACGACCACUGGGAAGAAAUUUCAGCAUGGCUCUAUGGUGCGGGGCUAUCAAGCCUUUUCGUCAUAUCCACAGUGUUCCAUACAGUCUCCUGGAAGAAAAGUCAUCUUCGAUCAGUUGAACACUGUUUCCACAUGUGCGACAGGAUGGUGAUCUACUUCUUCAUUGCUGCUUCAUACACACCCUGGUUGACAUUGCGGGAGCUCGGCCCAUGGGCCGCUCACAUGCGUUGGGUUGUCUGGGUGAUGGCGUCUGGAGGAACUGCCUAUGUAUUUUUCUUUCAUGAGAGGUUUAAAGUUGUAGAGCUGAUCUGUUACGUGGCAAUGGGAAUUUUUCCUGCCCUUGUCAUCCUUUCUAUGGCAGACAGGUCAGGUCUGUGUGAGCUGCUUGUUGGUGGCGGGUUUUAUUUGUUGGGAACGGUGUUCUUUAAAAGCGACGGCAUAGUACCUUUCGCUCACGCUAUAUGGCAUCUCUUUGUCGUAUUGGGGGCGGGUGUCCAUUACUAUGCCAUCUGGAAGUACCUGUACAAACCUGUCAAUCAACCAACCAGUACGGCCCGGUGACACAUAUACAUACAUCCACCCACAAAAUCAUUUACAUAUAUGUAAGCAAGUUGAAAGUGCGUUGUAGAAGAAAAACAAUAUAAUUUCAUUUAUGGUAACACUUUACAAUAAGGUUGUUUUUGUUAACAUUAGUUAAUGCAUUAGCUAACAAUGAAUGAUACAGCAUUUAUUCAUCGUAAUUCAUGUUAAUUUCAACAUUUUCUAAUACAUUAUUAAUCAAAUGUUGUAACAGUUAACAUUAGUUAAUGCAGAAGGAACUAUAAUGAGCAAUUGUAUUGGCAUUAAUGCAAAAAAACUAUACUGCUCAUUGUUAGGUCAUGUCAGCUAAUGCAUUUGCUAACGUUAACAAAUAUAACUUUACUGUAAAGUGUCAUUCGAUUUCUUUUUUCUUUGACUGAUAUAAUUCUUGUCACUUAUUGAUAGGUCUAUAACUAGCACAUACAACAGAAAUUACAACUAUAGCCUUUGUGAGACUACAGACAGCAGGGGUCAUUUUGGACCUGACGCCGUGUGCAAUCCAGACUGAUAAAGGAUCCAGAACAUGAACAUUUCUGGAAGAGUCUAUUGAUUCAAUUCAAGUUUACAAAGUUUUUUAGAGGUAAAAUCACUGCCACUUAUUUGUGAAAGCAAAUACUUGAGUACAGUUUAAGGUAUUUUUAAUGUCUUCUUUCACUGCCAAUGGGGAAAUAUUCUUAUUUCUGUCCACAACAAGAAAAAGAGAAAUGCAGCUACUGUAUAGUUGUAGUUAUUUUAGAUGCAUUACGUCUUUAAGAUAUGCCACAAGUGCUUGGUGACAAUGUGCAGGGACAGAUUUGCCUGGAGAUGUCUGAUGUAAUGGCAUAGAUGAUAGAGUCGUGUUUUGACCCAUACCAUAAUAAAAUGGUUAUGUAAGUGUUAUUUAAAAAAAAAAAUCACUCUCAGAAUUAAGGAGGAGGUACAAAAGUUGUCAUUGGGGUGGUACCUUUUUAAAAACUACGCCUAAAAGGUGCAUACUGGUACCUCAAAGGUACAUAUCUGUAUGGUACAUAUGACCUUUUUAAAAGGUGCCGCCCCAGUGACAAUUUUUGUACCUUUUUUCUGAGAGUAUAGUUCAUUCAGUACCAAUGAAAAGCGGAUAUUAUAUAUAUAAUAUUUGAAAGUAUGAUGUAAUGAAUUUAGUCAUGGCUCUUGCUCUUGCUUUGAGAGUGGUUAAAGGGAUAGUUUACACGAAGUUUGAUCUGAUAAAAAUCAUAAUUUACUAACUCUUACUAACUUUUUUAGUUUUUCGUGGAACAUUAAAAAGAUUUUUACAGAAUGUUUCUUUCAGU